CAUCCGGGUUUGUCAAUGGCUGGUCACGUGACGUUAAGAUCGCCGGCGAACUGUCACACGUGUGUAAAUUUGUACAUUAAAAUUAAUAUUUAAAACCCUAUUACUAUUGCUUUUGCUUAACAAUUUGUAAAGCAUAGGGUUCUAUUCAGUGUUAUUUACAGUUGCUCAAGGCUUAAUGCUUUAAGGCCUAAAAAUGGGCAUAAAGGACUUUCAAGAAUUUCUUGAAACUGAGUGUUCCAGUGCUUGUGUUUCUGUUGAUUUGUUAAAAAUUUCUCGAGCCUUUGUUCCAAAAAGGAGACCCAUAGCCAGGGUAGGUCAGGUUGGUACAAGUGGGCGCUUUUGUGUUGUGGUGGAUGCAGAAAGUUGUUUAGAUAGACUAUACGGUGGAUACUUUUCUGACUGGGUUUGUGGUGGACAAUGGAAUCGGAUGACAUCUUUUCUGGGCAAUCUCGUGCAAGCUUGCCACAGUGCAAAUAUGGAGCUGGUUGUGUUUUUCAAUGGAGCCUUAGAAAACCAAAAAAUCAACGAAUGGAUGUCACAGCAGUUGACUCAAAGAGAUAAGGUUAGAUAUGUUUUACGCCACAUUGCAAACAAAGGUACACCACCUCCUAAGGUUUGGUGGAAUCAACCAGUUUUUCUCAAAGAAGCACUAAAAAUGGCACUUCGUCAACUUGGUGUAACAAUAGCAUGUUCUAUGGAUGAUCACCAUCAAGAAGUUAUUAAAUUCUGUAGAGAACACAAUCUUCAAGGCAUUAUUGCCCAGGAGUCCAUCUAUACUAUAUUUGAUCCACCGAGGUACUUUUCUUCCAAUAAUUUAAAACUGACAUACAAAGGUUCACUGGAAACCAAAGAAUACAUUAUGGAUGAAAUAGCAAAAUGUAUGAAUUUGAAUCCAAAUAGAUUCUGCAUUUUUGCUGCACUUUUAGGAAAUCACAUUUUAACAGAUGAAGAUUUAAUGACUUUCAGAGAACUCAUGCCUACAACUGACACUGGGAAGCCACGGAGAAAUAGAGACAAGUUAGAUGCUGAUUUAAUCAAAGCUACAUGUGACUAUGUCAGAAAUUUGCCUGCAGUUGACAAUUUAGACAUUGUUGGAAAUGAUGUUUUCAAAUUAUUCAAAGCUAAUAAAGCAGAUCUAGUUGAAAGGUUUAAACAAAGUGUUCAGUAUUUUGUGUCUGGCACACAUGAAGGAUUUAUGAAAAAUUGCCAACUUCAAAGAGGUCUUAACUAUGGCAACCCUCUGAUGGGUCCAAACAUAAAUCAGGUGCCUAGAAAUAUAGAUGCCAGAGUUUUAGGCAAUGCUAUGGGGGAUGCCCAGAGUAAAAAAAAUCUUGGAUUUCCUCAAGUACCCAAUGAAAUUCUUCGAGUGGCUGUUGACAGACAUCAAAAAGGUUUGAUGCACCCACAUAUAUAUCAAGUUUUAACUCAGGGAGAGGUGAAGCUUCCAGUAAUUUUAGAAGAUGACACUACUAGAGAAUUGCCCUCUUACAUAGAUCUAUAUAGACCUUUACGCCAGGCCAUUUACUCAGUUUUGCUCAAUCUCAAUAAACAAAAGAUUGUGCAUGAAAUACAAAAUAAAGAGAAAGUUAAUGUCAUGCAACCAGAUUUUUCUGCUCAAGUUAAAGAAUGGGUUGUUCGAAGAGGAUCUGGCAGACCUACUUAUGAAGUUGUAACAGCUCGACCUGUAGAAUGGAAAACACCUAGUAUUCAGCGCAUGUGGCUAGGUCAGCAAGAUGGGGACAAAGAUAGGAGACUACGUGCGUUCUUAACCAUAAUGAUGAGUGAUACAAGCCUCAUGCUGAACACCAACUAUGUACCUCAACAUCUCCUUGUGAUGUGCUCUGUCUUAAGGUAUAUAAUGCAGUAUGGUAGAAUAUUACAAAGACAAGAACUUGAUGCCUUCCUUGCAAUGUCCGUCUCACCACUGUUACAUGAUGUCCAGACAAUGCAGGAUCUUAAGCUUCCCAACAUUGUUCCUCGAGGAAGUCAGUUAGCCUCUCUGUUUAUGUCAGGAAUAGAAACUGCUGCCAUGGCCAAUGAUGUUUGUGGCGCUCCUAUUCCUUGGACCAUGAUCUGUCCUUGGCUUUACAUGGAUGGAAAACUUUUCCAUUUCAAGCUGCUCAAAGCCAACAACAACACACCUCUGAUAGACAUCUGUGAUGGGCAGAUGGAGCAAGUAUUAAGAGUGGAAAGAAUGAGACAGGCCAUUCUUGAAAACUUAAGAGUUGAUUUUGCCAAACCACUUUUACCUGGCUUCUACUAUCCUUAUCCUGGUCAACCAUAUUCAGCCAAUCCUCUUCCAUAUGGACCAACAGUAGCCGCAAGAGGCAGGGGAAAUCCAAUGCCAGGCAUACCAAGUCGACAAGUGGGAAGAGGCCGUGGAAUAUUAGGUUUUAGAAAAGAACCCCAAGCAGGUCGUUCACCAAUUGAAGCUCAAGGUGGCCAGUUAGAGAUUGCAGGAGUUGUAGUAGGACAGUGGGGACCUAACAUGUCUAACAGACGUGGAGGACGAGGGGGAAAUCAGAUUCCAACUCAAGUUAUGUCUGUGGGUCAGAGAGGAAGGGGAAUUUUCACUGGCAGAGGUGGUUUUUUACCUGGUAGAGAGGGAAUGAUAAGAGGUAGAAUUGCUUCACCACUCUACAAUAGCAGAGGUGCCUACAGGCCAGCAUACUACUCAAGAGGCAGAGGUUCUCCUACAAAGCGCCCUGUUAGAAUAGUUGCCAGACCAGGCAGAGGCAGAACUGUCAAGGCUACACCCAAGGGAAGGGGUGUCACUGUAGAUGUCUCUUCCACAAUGCGCUCUAAAGCUAGUGAUGAAUUUGAUGAGGUGGAUGAAGAAGUAAAUGGUGGCUAUAGUGGUGCCUCUGAUGAGGAUGAGGAGAUUGGAACAGCUACUGUUAGCAUCAAGGGCUAACCAGUAAUACUUGCUACCUACUUUGAUAAUAACAAGCAACAAAUAAGACAAAAGUAUUGUAGUUUUGUAUUUAUCAAAUUGUUUAGAUAUUUUUGUAAAGGUAGGAUUUUCUGAAAAUAAGCAUAGUUUUGUUUGGUUAAGCAGACAUACACCUGCUUGACAGCAUUUCAAACUAAUAUCCAAGCUGUUACUUUUUAGAGUAAUUAUUGUUUUGUUCAGAUGAUUGAUUCUAUUGAUAUGCUAUUUGGAAUCAAUUUUUUUUUUUAUAAUGUUUGUAAGAAUUGUAUAUUUUGUAUUUAUAGUUUGAUGUUUGUAUAUUGAAUUACACAUAUUGUACAGAAAUUUAUAUUUAAAAACAUCAUAUAAAAAAAAUAAAAAAAAAUUGAUACUUUUCAUCAGUCAUCUGUUCUGUCUUAAAGUCUUUGUGCCAGUGACCCAAUAGUAGCAUUGCUUGAUGUUGCUGUGGGUCAGAAGAUGUAUUUUUGUAUUACUAGCAAUGUCAUUGCCAUUGUAAACAAACUCAUUCUCUCAAGUCGUUUUUUUUUUUCCACCAGUAUUUAUAUGUGUGUGUGUGUGAGAGAUUGUUUAAAUGAAUAGUUGCUUACGUCUAGACUUUACAAACAAAAGCUUCUGUAGAUUCAUAACAUUUUUUUGUCUAAUCUUGUACAUUGUCUUUAAGGUUAUAAAAUACAGUUAAUGCAUGGACUUUGCUGACACUAAAACUGUGUUAGACUAAUUAGAUAGACAGGUAGCUUUUUUUUUUUUUGGUCAACAUUAUUGUUGUGUUGUCUACUUUGUUUAGGCUAUGAUUGGCUGUGUUUGCAAUCUCUGAAACAUUUGUAUCUAUUGUUCUAUCAAGUGUUAUUUAACUGCCGACAUAAUUUGGGUGUAACUUUGUGUUACUAGAACAAAUUCAUUGCUACAAUGACAGAUGAACACAUUCUCUUAACUUGAUUAAAUCAUGAAUUUUUUUCUAUGAAGCCAUCAUUGUGUGUAGUGUUACUGUUUUUAAUUUUUAUUGCCCACUUGAGCUGAAACAUUUUAUAGAGAUAUAUUUUGAGCAUUGAACUGAGUUGGUGAUAGGCAUGAGAUGUCCUACUUUACUAUGUUAAUUUAUGUCUUAGGAGAAACUUGACAAGGUUGAGUAAUGUCUUGCUAAUAAGACCCAAAAGGAAUUAUAAAAUGAAAAGUUCUAUUAUUAUAAGAACUAAAUAGUUGAGCAGACAAAUACUCAUGUUUAUAUGUAUCUGUAGACAGUUAGGGCCUAUAUUCUCAGAUACAUGGCACAUGGGUGGUUGAAUCACACCACAUUGCUAUUUAUAGAAAUAAAUUUAAUGUAGACUAAAUAACAAUCUUGUGAAAUAUACACCAUUGAUGAGGUCUGUAGUAUUGUGGUACAUGUCAGGAUUUUAACUGACAAUAAUAUCAAAUACUAAUAUUUUACUAUGAUUUCAUGCAUGAAAAAAUCUUAAUACAUUUUUUUUUGUAUGAAAUUUUAUUAUUUUAUUUUUUUUUUUGAAUUGAUAACAAAGGAAGAUCUUUUUUUUUUUUCUUAAAAUUUAUUUAUUUAUUUUUUUAAAAAGUGAAUUAAAAGAAAGUAAUUACUAUUUGUUGGCGAGCCAAUUUUCUAAUUUUACACAUUUAUUCAAAUGGGGAUUUUUCUUUUUAAAAAAACAUUUGAUGUAUUUCUAAUUAUUAACUUUGGAUACUAUGCUGACUAAUUUUAAAAAAUGUAGGUUUCAGCCAUAAAAUAAACAAAAUUAAAUUACUAGUGUUAUGCUAACUCUCUUAAUUUCAAGUCAACAAAAGUUAGCAGCACUUACUAGCUGAAUAACUGAUCCUCCCUCUGAAAUAAAACAACCCUAGAACUAAUAAUCAAUCUCAAUGAAUUAAAGAAAAACCCAGUCAAGUGGCAGCAUUAUGACCUAGACUACCACAUAUUCUUGAUCUUAGUAAGAUUUUUAAAAUGGGAGGAUCUACAUUUUGAUUUUUGUGGAUAGUAGCAUCAAGAAAUAUGCUAAGUACAAAAUACUGUUCUAUCCAUAAUAAUGUUGACUUUUUUAAUCCUUUGAACUGAAACAAAAACAAACCUUUUGAAAGCACUUUUUGGUAACUUUUGUCUUGUAUUGCAGUAAUUAAUAUAAACAAAAAAUUUAAGGCAUUUGACAAUUAUUUGAAAGCUAUCUAAGGAUGUCUUAUUUAAACCUAGAGUUCAGUGGAUUAAAUCAGUCUCACAGUGCACUUGAUUCACUGUGUAGUUGUGUGAUUUCAAUAUUUUAGUGUCCUACAUUUCAGUGUGUUCUAGCUUGACAGUUUAGUGUUUUCUUUGGAAACUUGCAUACAUAUUUUUUUUUUUAUUGUGCACUUUUUGAGGAAAGCAGUUUUUAAGUCUGUCAUUAGGAGAAUUUAUUUCUUCAGUAUUUCAUUCUUACAUAUAUUUUUUUGUUAUCCCUCCAAAACACAUUUUGCUCAGAUGAUUUUAAGUCUGAAUUAUUUUUAAAUUUAAUUGAUGAAACAAAGCUUUGCUAGUGCUUAACAGUUAAGUUUCUUUUUAAUGAAGUGUUAUUUCUUAAGUAAAUCAGCUAGUUUGUAACUUCUGUCCGUCACUUCUGUUUUUAAAUAUUUCAACUGAAAAUUGACCCUUUCCUUUGAUUGCUUAACUUAGAAUGACCAUUGCUGUCCCCCAUUUUGUUUGUCUAUAUUUUUAGUUUUGAUUUCAAAAAUUUUUUUUCCUUUUUCAAUGAGUUUGUUGGAAACAACUGCUCCUGUGGGUGUCAUCAAAUGUCAUGUUUUUAACAUAUUAAACAUAGGUUGUAGUUGCAUUUGAAAGUGUUUUUUAGUUAGCGGAAUUCAAAUAAUUCAAUUUUCUGAUGCCUAGAAAAUAUUUCUAAUUCUGUCAAAACUUUUUUUUUAUACAGUAUGUUUUUACAUACCAUUAGGCCUAUACAAUAUUAUCAGAUGUUGUCAUCAAUUAAUCAUUUUUAAGUCUUAUCAAAAUUAAAAACAUUAUGAGGUUAGGAAAGUUGUUUCUAAUAAUUAACUAAAAAAAUAUGCUUUGAACUAUCUCUAGUUUUAUUCCUAUGUAUAAGUGAAAAAUACAAUAUUACAUUUUUGUCUUGUUGCUAUACUGCAAAACUCAGUAGAUUGUUGUAUUAGUUGUGACUACUGUACCUGUGUAUUUCAUAACACUUAGUUUGACCAAACUAUUUAUGUUGUUUAACUUUUGGCAGUGUGCUCCGGGGUACAUGUAUAUCUAGAGAGAAUCAAUUGGCAUCACAUAGUUGACCCAACAAACCAGUCAUUUGAUUAACAGCUGUCAUCAAAAGUUCUAAAUGUCCCAGGUUCAAAAUCUCCCACAGUAUCAGUAAAUCCCUUUUCUUUUUUAAUCAAUAAAAAAUGUUUGAUUUUGUUUUUGACCAUGUGACUAGCUUUGACCAGUGGUCCUAUGUGAUGUGAUAGAAAAUGAAAAUCAAUCCUUACAAGCAUUAGUGAGCACACACUCUUGUGUAAUCAGUCAUAGAGACAAUUGUAUUGCAACAGAACACUAGUAUCUCACACAAGCAGUCUGAACACUUGUUGCAGUUAGUGGCAAUUGUUCUCAUUACAAUCAACUGAAAACUUUUUUUUUGCCUCACCUUUUAAAAGAAGCAUACUAUCAAAAGAAAAAAGUUAAAAGCAACAAUUUCUGCACAGUAUAUUUUUUUGUUUGCUCCUACAGCUGUACUCUAGAAUCAACAUAGCCUAACUAUGAAGUAGGUUCAUGAGCUCACAUUGAAAGUUUAUGUGUGUUUUAUUUUCUCUCUAAAUAACUACAUGACCUUCUGUGUAGAACACUUGUAUUAAGCAUGCAACUCUUCCAUAAUGUCAAUUUUUUUUCUUUGUUUAAACUUUUUAGUCUUGUGUAUAAUUUUCUCCUAAAUACUACAACAAUAGUGUUUUGAUCCAAUCAUUCUAAGGGUUUUCUAAGUUUUAUUCAGACUUGAAUGGGAGGGUUCAUAGACUGGUCAUGAGAUGAUACAAUGACUGGAAACUGUCAUCUAAAUAGAAGAGUUAGUUGCAAACAUCCUGUAGUAUUGCAAUGUACAUUUUGUAUGUCAACAAAGUCCUCAAAAAGUUUUAGCAAAGAUGAUGAAAUAAUCAAGACACAUGAUGGAUGGUGUCUAGACUAGUGACUAGGGUUAUCCUAUGAGUAGAAGCUCUUAACAAGUGUAAAAACACUAUUGUUUAGUUGUGUAUUGUGGCAAGUAGUUCUGGCCAUCAAGAGAAACCCCAAAAUUGUUAGAGAAGUUGUCCUUUACUGGUGUAUGUUAUGAGAAGGUUAUAUGAUUCAAUAAAUGUUGUAUUCAACAAAA